CCGCACACCACCUGCCACACUGCCACCUACAGGCGGGUUGGGGGAACAAACAGGAAGUAGGUAGCAAGCUGUAUGUUUGUUGAGAGCAGUCGUGGAGAGUCCUCUGAUUCAUGAGUAACAGUAGUUUGUGACAGUAAUUUUCUGGAUUAAACUCGCAGAUUUAUACAUUACAUCACCCAGCAGCUAGAAACCAUGAUCUGAGUGAUAAAGCUCACUGCAUUGAAAUGGACAGUGACAGAGGAGGAAGAGGAGGAAGAGGAAGGAGAACCCGUGGUGGAGAGGACAGAGAUGUCCGCCUGUCCAAAUCCAUGACUUAUGUUCUGCGUCAUGGAGCCAACCAGAUGGGUCUUCAAAUGGGAGCAGAUGGCUUCUUGUUUGUGGAGGAGCUCCUGGCUCACCCGCAGUUUCGCUCGUACUCAUUGGAAGACAUCAAGAGAGUCGUGGUCACAGAUGACAAGCAGCGCUUCAAGCUACGUUCGCACCCAGAGGAUGGACGGAUGGAGAUUCGAGCCAACCAGGGCCAUUCAGUCCAGGUGAGGGAUUUGGAGCUGAAACCGGUCCUGACUGGUUCUUCAGACUAUCCUGCUGAGGCCGUUCACGGCUCCUACCUCAGCAAUUGGAGCUCUAUCCAGCAGCAGGGUCUGAGCCGCAUGAAGAGGACGCACAUCCACCUGGCAUCAGGACUCCCAGGGGAGGAGGGCAUCAUCAGUGGAAUGAGAAGAAACUGUGAUCUUGCCGUGUUCAUCGACGUCCCAAAGGCUCUCGCUGAUGGUAUUGAGUUCUUCUGGUCGGAAAAUGGCGUGUUGCUGACUGCAGGUGACGCAGAGGGAAAACUUCUCCCAAAAUACUUUAGCCGAGCCUUAAGACUGAGACCUACACAGAGCAUCCUGCCACUGCAGUAGCAGCAGCCUGCAUCACCUCUGUGUAACCUGGGGGACACACACCUCUCCCCUACCGUUUUCUUCGUCCUGCCCCACCCUGAGCCGCCAUGGAUCUGGUGGAGUUGGGAGACGUGAGCAUGCAGCUGUGGAGGUAAAAACUGUGGUCUCACAUCAGGCUUCCUGGAACACUGCUCCGACCAAGAGCGCCAGUGGGAGGAACCAAUGUUUUGAAUGAUUGAGUUAGGUGGGUUCAAAACAAUGGUGAUGAUACUGUAGUGCAUGGCGAUUUAAAAAGGAUGCAGCCAACCAGGGUCAUUAUUACUAAUAUUUGUUAUAACAGCGAAAACCAAGAUGACAAUAACAACAACAACAACAAAAAAAUUACUAAUUAAACAAUGUAUUCAAUUAUUACAAAGAAGAGUUAGUUGAGACUCUCCAUUACAUCUGUACAGUAAAUACAAAGCAGCUGCUUAGCUUAUCAUAAAGACAGGUUUAUCCUGUUAGCCUGAUUCUGUCAAUAUUUAGUUAACAAAAUCCCAGCACCUUUAAAUAUCACUACUUAACAUGUUAUAUAUUGUUUGUUAUUUUAUACCAUGUAAAAUCACACCACAUAUUAAACUGCCCAGUUGUUCCCGUCUGUUUCCAGCGAACAUGCUGAAUUUCCUCUGCAGUAUUUUAACUGAAACUGUAAAAACAAUGAAUAAAAGUGCUGUAGGAAAAGUGGGAAAAGGAUGAUAUAUAUAUAUCUUUCUUUGAAUAUAGUAAUGAUGGUGUCAGUGAUUUAAAAAUGUAAGAAUAGUUAGGAAGGUCUGAUUAAAGCUUUGAUUGGUGGAACUUUA